CGGGGGUGGGCUGUGACGCGCCGCGCUCCUCGUGCGGCGCUGUAUUAUAGAGCGGGCGCUCUGGGCCGGCAGCCUUAGCCGCUAACCGCUAUCCGCUCCCCGCCGUUGCCCGUACCCCCUCCUGUGCGCCCCGUGCCAACCGCCGCCCGCCGCGCGCAGCCCCCAGCCGGCCGGCCGGUCGGUCAGCGAGCGUGCCAGCGACCCCCGCCCGGCCUUCUGAGGCGGGCUCCCGGCCGGACCCUGAGCCUGACUCUCUCGCGCUGCGGCCGCCCGCGCCUCUUCGGCUGCCUGUCGGGCAUGAAGACCAAGUUCUGUACCGGGGGUGAGGCGGAGCCCUCGCCGCUCGGGCUGCUGCUGAGCUGUAGCGGCGGGAGCGCGGCCCCGGCGCCCGGCGUGGGACAGCAGCGCGACGCCGCCAGCGAACUGGACCCAAAGCAGCUGGGAGGCAGGCAGCCGCCGCUCGCUCUGCCCCCGCCGCCUUUGCCACUGCCCCUACCCUCGCCGGGGGCGGAUGAGCAGCCCGAGCCCCGGACGCGGCGCAAGGCCUAUCUGUGGUGCAAGGAGUUCCUGCCUGGCGCCUGGAGGGGCCUUCCCGAGGACCAGUUCCACAUUAGUGUCAUCAGGGGCGGCCUCAGUAACAUGCUGUUCCAGUGCUCCCUACCUGACACCACGGCCUCUGUGGGCGAUGAACCUAGGAAAGUGCUCCUGCGGCUGUAUGGAGCCAUCUUACAGAUGAGGUCCUGUAAUAAGGAGGGAUCCGAACAAGCUCAGAAAGAAAAUGAAUUUCAAGGAGCUGAGGCCAUGGUUCUGGAAAGUGUUAUGUUUGCCAUUCUUGCAGAAAGGUCACUUGGGCCAAAACUCUAUGGCAUCUUUCCUCAAGGCCGACUGGAGCAGUUCAUCCCGAGCAGACGAUUAGACACUGAAGAAUUAAGUUUGCCAGACAUUUCUGCAGAAAUAGCUGAGAAAAUGGCCACAUUUCAUGGUAUGAAAAUGCCGUUCAAUAAGGAACCCAAAUGGCUUUUUGGAACAAUGGAAAAAUACCUAAAUCAAGUGCUGAAAAUUAAGUUUAAUGAAGAAUCCAGAGUUAAACGGCUCCAGAAGUUCCUCAGUUACAACCUGCCUUCUGAACUAGAGAAGCUGAGAUUAUUGCUUGAAUCUACUCUGUCUCCAGUUGUAUUUUGUCAUAAUGACUGUCAAGAAGGUAAUGUCUUAUUGCUGGAAGGCCAAGAGAAUUCUGAAAAACAGAAACUGAUGCUAAUUGACUUUGAGUACAGCAGUUAUAAUUACAGAGGAUUUGACAUUGGGAAUCACUUCUGUGAAUGGAUGUAUGAUUAUACCUAUGAAAAGUACCCUUUCUUCAGAGCAAAUAGUCAGAAGUAUCCCACCAGGAAACAGCAGCUCCACUUCAUUUCCAGUUACUUGGCAACAUUCCAAAAUGACUUUGGAAACCUCAGUAGUGAAGAAAAAUCCACUAUAGAGGAAGAAAUGUUGCUUGAAGUCAAUAGGUUUGCCCUUGCUUCUCAUUUCUUCUGGGGACUUUGGUCCAUUGUACAGGCCAAGAUUUCAUCCAUUGAAUUUGGGUACAUGGAAUACGCCCAAGCCAGGUUUGAUGCCUAUUUCGAGCAGAAGAGGAAGCUGGGGGUGUGACUGAGGAGGACUCCACCCUCUCCACCACUGGACUCCCUGGAGGCAGCCAGGCGGGGCCUCUGCUGCAACCACUACACCUGUGUGGGGAGGUCUUGGUGUCUCGCGCUGCACACAGAUGUGUAUGAUAUUGAGGACUGUAUUAAAGUGGAGUAACAUUUAUUUCCUAUCUUGUUUACAAUCUCACUAUGACUCUGAAAUGAGAUUGGGAGGCAGAAAUAUAGUACAGUAGUGCAAUAUCAGAACCUUUUUAAUCUAGAGGAGGUGGUUUCUCUCUGGAGCCUAAGACAUUCAGUCAGACAUGGCCAGCAGCAGGAGUGACCAGUGUUACUGCGGAUACUUUGGUUAAUGUUGGUUUUUAAAAAAUUCUUUCAUUAACAUGCCAGUGGACAUUGUGACCAGGUUCUUUGUGGGCUAUGUGUUGUAGACACUGCUUACUCCCAAGUGACACAAGACAUACUGUGAAGUGGCUCUGUGGGCUGAGCUCCAGCUAUGGCGUCUGCAGCGGCACCCAGCCCAUGUCUCCAGGAGCCUCCAGGCUGAAUGGCUGUUGGAGAAGCAGGUUGCCCAUGUGCUGUCAGGAGCACUGUCCAUGGAUGGAUGGAUGGAUGGACAGACGUGCCCUGUACCUGUCAUACACAUUUGGUACAUAGAUGACCUUCACCGUAACUGGAUAUACCUGACUCAGUGUGUGCUUCAUCACUCGAGCUUUGGGCAGUGGGGGCCUCACUGGCUUCCUUCCCUCCAUGUUCCCAGGGUGGAGCAGGCCGUAGGGCAGCUCCUUCACCCUUUCUCACUUCCCUUUAUCUGGCCUGGAGUUUGGGAUCCUGGGCCAGGCGUGGCUUCCCCAGGAGCCCUCAGAUGCCUCCUCCUGCCCUUGGCCUUGGCUUUGCUAGUGGCCAGCAUUCCCAGCCUCAGCCUCACUCCCUUCCCAAUGUCCCUGAUGUCCAUCUGUGGGAGUCGGCAGCCCUUAUGUGGGGUUUGGGGCCCCAACAGACUAUAGCUGUGAAAUCUAUAUAUAUUAAAUGUUCAAUGGGAUAAGUUCUUAGCUUUUUUUUUUUACUCUGAAGCCUUUGAAUUUUUUUGGUUUUUUGCAUAUAUUUCUGCUACUACUACAGAGAUUGUACUAUACAAAUAAAAAAAUUAAGCCUCAA